CUGCCACUUCAGCAUCUGCUUCCUUCCACCAAAUAUGGUAACUGCUGCGCCAACCCCCAGGUAGAUAACCUGUAUCGGAAAAAUGAACAACCUGCACGCGCCCACAAUCCCGUCAGGGCCCACGACUGCGCCCGCUACCAACGGCCGCGCGGGGCAUUUGACCAUCGCGGAGCUGCAGCGCAAGAAGGACAACCUUGAAGCCGAGCUCAAGGCCCUGGGAGGCGUUCUAGAGUCGCACAAUGUCGACAUGAACACGAGCCUCCUGACCCCGGACGGGUUCCCCCGCGCCGACCUCGACAUUGCCCAGAUACGGACAACCCGGGCACGGAUCAUCCACCUGCGAAACGACUACAAGGACCUUAUGGCUGUGAUUGAGAAGCAGCUUCAUGAGCACUUUGCCAGCCUCGAUGACGACGAGGUCGCGGCCUCCUCCGGAACAACUUUUGCGACGGCUGAGCCGCUCCCGGAUUCGGCACCCGAGGUGCUCGACCCUCCUUUUGCUAAGGUCAACAGCGUCGUCGACGGCAGCCCCGCCAACAGCGCUGGCCUCAAGGCGGGAGAUCUAAUCCGCAACUUUGGCUACGUCAAUUAUGCAAACCACGACGGCCUCAAGAAGGUCGGCGAGUGCGUGCAGGGCAACGAGGGGCAAAACGUGCUGGUCAAGAUUACCAGAACUAAUGGGCCCAGUCAAACCGAGCUCCGGUUGACGUUAACCCCUCGUAGAGACUGGGGAGGAAGAGGGCUGUUGGGCUGCCAUAUCCUACCCGUCUGAGGUCUGCCGCACUGAGGAGGAUGGAUACGUCGCAGUUUUCGACGCAGGAAUGCUCGACUCCAGUUACGGGCCCAAAUACAGGCGAAUGCGUGUAGUCGACGGGUGUAGGGCGAGCAUCAUGGCCAAACGAGUUGAUGCAAAUCAGCCUGCAUAAAGACGGCCGGCCUAUGAGUCGGCUUGAGCCUCUGGAAUGGCAGAUAAAAUAGGGCGCGCCUUAACAAAUCAGGCGUCUAUAGGGUGGAUAUGGUGAUCUAGACAUCCCAGCUAAUGAAUAAGUUCAUCCGCCUUUAAUUUCGGAUGCAGGAAACAUCCGGGCCCUAGCGCGUGCUUGAACGUAUUGAUGUCUAUCACUCUGUGCCUGG